UUGUCUCGACGAGGAGCGCAAUGUAACAAAACAAGAGUCGGCUUUGUCGGCGCUUAAAGGAGCCGCGGCGGGUCGGGGCCAGAAGAGCCGGGCAGGAAAGAGAAGAAGAGGUGGCCAAAGUGGCCCAGAAGAAGAGGUCGGGGCCAGAAGAGCGUGGGAAAAGCGAGCCGAGGAUUACAGUUCGGGAAAGGAGGAAGAAGAAGAGGGGAGAGAGAAGGAAGGGACCGCGGGGAGCCAAAGCAGCAUGUUGUUGGAGGGGGCUGCGGAGAGGCGUCGGGCAAAGUUUGCGCAGUGAUGGCAUGAAGGGGAAAGUUCUCCCGGGAAGGCUCCCCCGUCUCUCUCUCUCUCUCUCUCGCUCUCUUUCUCUCUCUCUGCCUCGCUGGCCAUGUCGAAAGUGCUCCAGAGGAAGCACCACUGGGCGGCCAAGGUGCACCAAGUGGCCAUCCGGCGCCGAGGGGCCCGCCUGGGCUUCACCGUCCUGGGGGGCGCCGAGCAGGGCGAGUUCGCCUACGUGGGCGGCCCCGACGACCAGGAGGAAGGAGCCGGCGGGGAAGGAGAAGGCGAAGGAGAAGAAGCAGCCCCGCUGGGCGAAGGGGAGCUCCUCCUCGAGGUCCAAGGGCUGCCCGUCUCCGGCCUGCCCCGCUACGACGUCCUGGCCCUCCUCCGCAGCUGCAAGGAGCCCAUCCUCCUCAAGGCCGUCAGACAAGGAAGUCGUCUGAACAAAGAUCUGAGACAUUAUCUCAACCAGAGGUUUCAGAAAGGAUCUCCAGAUCAUGAGCUGCAACAGACUAUUAGAGAUAACCUUUAUCGCCAUGCUGUGCCUUGCACAACUCGACCUCCACGAGAAGGUGAAGUGCCUGGUGUGGACUACAACUUUCUAACUGUGCAGGAGUUUCUUGAGCUUGAGAAAAGUGGGACUCUUCUUGAAGUAGGAACCUAUGAAGGUAACUAUUAUGGAACACCCAAACCUCCCAGCCAACCCCUGAGUGGGAAUGUGAAUAACACUGAUGCUUUGCAAAACCUCCAGUCCGGCUCCAAGCAGUCAACCCCUAAACGAACCAAGUCUUACAAUGAUAUGCAAAAUGCGGGCAUAGUGCAUACAGAGAAUGAAGAGGAGGAUGACGUCCCUGAAAUGAACAGUAGCUUUACAGCCGACUCCGGUGAACAAGACGAGCACAACACACACAGUACAAGAGACGCAGAGCCCUCAUCUGUGAAUAGCAGCAUCACUACCAUUCCCACCACGGAACCUUCUCAGAAGCUCCCUCAAUACCUACCUCCUUGUGCAGAGGAAAACUUGGGUCCUCUGCCUGAAAACUGGGAGAUGGCCUAUACAGAGAAUGGAGAAGUCUACUUUAUAGACCACAACACUAAAACAACGUCUUGGCUAGACCCACGGUGCCUGAACAAACAGCAAAAGCCUCUAGAAGAAUGUGAAGAUGAUGAAGAAGGGGUACACACGGAGGAACUGGACAGUGAACUAGAACUACCUGCUGGUUGGGAAAAGAUUGAAGAUCCUGUAUAUGGUGUCUACUAUGUAGACCAUAUCAACAGGAAAACACAAUACGAGAAUCCAGUUCUGGAAGCUAAACGGAAGAAACAACUUGAGCAACAACAGCAGCAGCCACCACCGCCACCACCACCAACAUCACAGCCACCUGAAGAAUGGACAGAAGACCACCCCCCUCUUGCUCCUCUCUCUGUUCCAAACCAUGCUCCAAACAACCAGGAAACUGUUCGAGAUGCUCCAGUACAAGCCGGAAAACCAUUUUUCACGCGGAACCCAUCUGAACUGAAAGGGAAGUUUAUUCAUACCAAGCUAAGGAAAAGCAGCAGGGGUUUUGGCUUUACCGUUGUUGGUGGAGAUGAACCAGAUGAGUUUCUUCAGAUCAAGAGUUUGGUGCUUGACGGCCCUGCAGCUUUGGAUGGCAAAAUGGAAACAGGAGACGUUAUUGUCAGUGUGAACGACACCUGUGUUCUGGGCCAUACGCAUGCUCAAGUUGUGAAAAUCUUCCAGUCGAUUCCCAUUGGUGCCAGCGUGGACCUAGAACUGUGCCGAGGCUACCCUCUGCCUUUUGACCCAGAUGAUCCCAACACAAGCCUCGUGACAUCUGUGGCCAUUUUGGAUAAAGAGCCGAUCAUUGUGAAUGGGCAGGAAAACUAUGACUCCCCAGCAAGCCAUGGUAGUAAAACAGGGAAAGUCAAUGGAAUGAAGGAGCAAAGGCCUAGUAGUCCUGCUGAAGUGUCUUCAAAUGGAUCCCAUGGCUACCCAAAUGACACUGUCUCUUUGGCAUCUUCUAUAGCAACGCAACCUGAACUCAUAACUGUACAUAUAAUCAAAGGACCCAUGGGCUUUGGUUUUACUAUAGCAGACAGUCCUGGGGGUGGUGGACAGAGAGUGAAACAAAUUGUUGACAGCCCAAGGUGCCGAGGCCUCAAAGAAGGUGAUCUUAUAGUUGAAGUCAAUAAGAAGAAUGUGCAGAAUCUAACUCACAACCAGGUUGUGGAUAUGCUGAUCGAAUGUCCUAAAGGAAGUGAGGUGACUUUGCUUGUGCAACGAGGAGGGCUGCCGGUCCCAAAGAAGAGUCCCAAGUCGCAACCCUUGGAAAGGAAAGACAGCCAAAACAGCUCUCAGCACAGUGUCUCCAGCCACCAUAGCACACACACAGCAUCACCUGUCCACAGCACUCAGGUGCUUCCUGACUACUCUGCCACUGAAGCACCACCUGUGGACCAACCGGACAACACUGGACAGAAGAAGCCAGAUCCAUUCAAAAUCUGGGCCCAGUCCAGGAGCAUGUAUGAAAGCCGACCUAUGUCUCCUUCGCCUGCGACUGGACUGAGCAAGGGUGAAAGAGAGAGAGAAAUCAAUUCCACGAAUUUUGGAGAAUUUCCAGAUUAUCAAGAGCAGGAUAUCUUUCUAUGGAGAAAGGAAACUGGGUUUGGAUUUAGGAUUCUUGGUGGAAAUGAGCCAGGAGAGCCUAUUUACAUUGGUCACAUUGUGCCACUGGGUGCUGCAGAUGCAGAUGGUCGCUUACGAUCUGGAGAUGAAUUAAUCUGUGUAGAUGGAACGCCAGUUGUUGGGAAAUCUCACCAGCUGGUAGUCCAACUUAUGCAACAGGCUGCAAAGCAAGGCCAUGUCAAUUUAACUGUCAGGCGCAAAGUGGUGUACACAGUUCCAAAAGCAGAGAACGAGGUGCCAUCCCCAGCUUCAUCUCAUCACAGCAGCAACCAGCCUGCUUCUCUGACAGAGGAGAAACGCACUCCACAGGGCAGCCAAAACUCCCUCAACACAGUCAGUUCGGGUAGUGGCAGUACCAGUGGGAUUGGUAGCGGAGGAGGUGGUGGCAGUGGCGUAGUCAGCACCGUGGUGCAACCCUAUGACGUGGAAAUACGCCGGGGAGAAAAUGAAGGCUUUGGCUUUGUCAUUGUGUCUUCAGUUAGCCGACCAGAAGCUGGAACAACUUUUGCAGGCAAUGCAUGUGUGGCCAUGCCUCACAAAAUAGGUCGGAUUAUUGAGGGGAGCCCAGCAGACCGAUGCGGGAAGCUGAAGGUGGGGGACCGGAUAUUGGCCGUUAACGGAUGCUCCAUCACCAACAAAUCACAUUCGGACAUCGUCAACCUAAUUAAAGAAGCAGGAAAUAUGGUCACUCUACGCAUUAUUCCAGGGGAUGAAUCCUCCAAUGCAACUUUAUUGACCAAUGCUGAAAAAAUAGCUACGAUUACAACCACGCAUACUCCUCAACAGAUGCCACAGGAGACUAGAAACAAUACAAAACCAAAGCAGGAGUCCCAGUUUGAUUUCAAACCACCCACAACCUCACAGCCGGACCAGGAUUUUUACACAGUUGAACUUGAAAGAGGACCCAAAGGUUUUGGCUUUAGUCUGCGAGGUGGCCGAGAAUAUAACAUGGAUCUCUAUGUGUUGCGGUUAGCAGAGGAUGGUCCUGCUGAGAGAUGUGGAAAAAUGAGGAUCGGUGAUGAAAUCCUGGAGAUCAAUGGAGAAACUACAAAGAAUAUGAAGCAUGCUCGAGCCAUAGAACUAAUUAAAAAUGGUGGUCGCAAAGUUCGCCUGUUUCUGAAACGUGGAGAUGGCUCUGUACCAGAAUAUGACCCCAGCAGUGACAGGAACAGUCCAGCCACAGGCUCACAAAACAUAUCGGAAAUGAAAAACAUGUCAUCUGAGAGACGACAACACUCAUCAUUGGAGCCCAGUUAUCCACCAGAUCUUCACAAAUCAUCACAACAUGGAGAAAAACGGAUAUAUUUUAAGGAACCAAAAAGCAGUAGAGAAUUUGGCAGACAAUCCAAUGAGCACCACACAUGGAAUGGAACUUCUAAAAACAGCAAUAGCAUGACAGGCAGAAAGAAAGACAGGUCACCCGAAGGGAGGCGAGAGCGACAACCAGAGAGGAUGGUGGUGAUCAAUGGACAAAAACGGAAGUCUCCUGAAAAGAGGAGGGAGGGUACUAAGAGUGCUGACAAUACUUUGGAGAGAAGGGAGAGACAUGAGAAGAGGAGAGACUUUUCUCCAGAGAAACGAAGAGAAAGAUCUCCUACUCGUAGGAGGGAUGGCUCACCUAGCAGAAGGAGGAGGUCUCUGGAAAGGCUAAUGGAUCAACGGAGGUCACCCGACAGGAAGAGAGAGAACUCUCCCCCUGAAAGAAGGGCAAAGUCAACUGACAGGAGAAGGGAGAGGACCCCAGAACGGAGGAGAGAGCGAUCUCCUGACAAAAGGAACAGAGAUGAUCGAGUCUGCUUCAGGGAAAAGGAAGAACGCACUCUGAAAUACGACACAAACAAAAAUAACAGACAGCCACCCGAGCAAAGACGGAGACCCUACAAGGAGUGCAGCACUGACCUCAGUAUCUAGUGGCUUUUCCAGGCCCCAAAAUACUAUUGCGGCCUUUCCAACAUUCAGAGUUCCCAAAAAGGAAUGUAGCAAACUUGAAAUCCAUUUUAGCUCAUCAUAUAAGAUGUCCCCAAAAACACACAGAUGAAAUUUAAUCAUGAGAAUAUUUACAAAGUGUUGUGCCUGGUGUAUGACAACAUUAAAGUAUUUCCCAAUGUAUUCACCUAAAACUUCGUAGUUGCCAAAUGUUCAUCCUGAAGGAUUAUGACAAUUGCGUUCUUCCACAAUUGGCAACCAUAAUGGGCAUAAAUCCUUUUACAUUAACAACUUUUCCUUUCUUGUUGGUUUUGCUUUAUUGUUCUUUUUCUAAUUGUUUGGUGGGCAAGCCAACAGCAAUUUUGUGAUCCAUAAUACUAUGGAUCCACUGCAAUGAUAUACUACUAUAUGUUGGAUUUUCUGAAAGAUCUUGGGUUGAAGGAAGAAGGUCGGUCAAAAUUAGAAGUAUGAUCAGAAGGAGGAUUUUUUCCUUUAAAGAACGUAUUGCUCAAAUUAAGAGAACUAUUGGAGAGUAUACCGUUGUGGAAUGAAGGAUAUUUAUACAAAUCCACGAAGAACAAGUUAAGGAAUUUAUAGUGUGUUCCAUGAACAGUGUAUACUUUGGAGUCUCCUUUAAAAGGAAGCAAGGUGGCCAAGGACUAAGUGCCGUCCUGUAUUGUGUUAUGCACGAGAUAACCAUCCAGUUUGUUCAGAUAUGCAACUUCCAUUGCGGGUUUUGUUCUAUAAGAAGAACUGUGCAGAUGAAACUAGAGCCUGAAUGGUAUCAUUUGUCUGCUUUGAAGGGGAGUUUUUAUUAUUUUUUUGUUCCUGGGCUAAGAUGCAUUUUGAGGAACAUCUGCUUCUUUCAUUGACUGGGUUUUAAUGCCUUCAGGUGAACCUAUAUGUUUUAAUACUCCUAUUGCCAAAUGGAGCUGUUUCUCCAUGAUUUUGUUGGUGGUUUUUUCUCUCUCCUUGCCAUUUACCAUGAGACAGAAGACAUGUAUUUCUAAUGAACUGGGAUUCAUCAAGGAUUGUCAACAGAAGCAAAGCUGGAAAGAUUCAUUGGGGGACUGUUGGCAUCCAGGUAUCAUUUAUGCUGUACUUUGGACUGUAAGGAAUGGAGGAAAACAACAUAAGGCUCUGUUGUGUUUUUUAAUGGCAAGUUUGUGUGGUAAGUCUGCUGUAGUGCUAAUAUGAGAUAAUAAUGGAUUUCUGCCUAGCUGAGCCAAAAAAUGCCGAUACUGUUGGACCACUAAAGGUUUUUAACUGCUGCUUUUUAUUUUACAGUGCAUUGAUGUGUACAUGUAUAUUGUUUCACCAUUUUUACACACACACAUGCAUACACACAGAGUAGAGAUUGCAAGUCUAUCACUGUUGUUGCCAUGGUACUGUAAAGAAAAAAAGAAGAAAGAUGGCCAAUCAUUGUGUAUACAGAGUUUAAAUUGUAAUUAAUAGAGCCUGUUGAAAGCAAACAAACAAAAACUGUUGCCUUUUUUCUUGUAUAAAAGAGACUUUAUGACAAAAUUUAGCAGUGAGGAAUGUGCUAAGUGUUUAUAUUUCUGGAAAAAAUGGAACAAAUUGAUUCAUGGGAAUAUAUUUUAAUGUAAACUGAAUCAGGUAUGUAAAGCUGUUUUAAACAGGAGACUAUAUAAGUAACUCUGAAACUUUUGUUGGUUUGAAUAUCAUAUCUUUCCUCAUGGUGGGGGCCUGCCUGCCUGACUCUUAGGCACUUGUGUGCAGUCUGUGUCUUUGGUCUUCAUUUCUUGCCGUGUGCUAUAGUCAUCAUGCUCUUUUCUGUGUUGACGAGAAGCAGUAUGUGGGGCCAAUCUUUUUUAUAAAACACUAUGCAUAUAUAAAUACUACAUUGUUCAUAACUUUAUUUGACUUAUUCGGGUUUAUACAUAACAUUAGUAUAAGUAGAUGUGGACUCUACCCAGUAUAAGAUUCUUUCCUUGGGAUAAAACACAAUGUAUAUGAUGUAGUUACUGCGAAGGAAAGAGUCUGUGAAUGCUAUUUUUAUUGUCAAAUAAAGAUUUCCAUACAAAGCAUA